AUGGACGGUAAGUUCUGUUUUUCGUUUUUACUCAUUAGCAAAUGUGUGUCUUUGUCAUCUAUGCUCAUCUGUGAAUGUGUGCCUUUUUUCUCUGUGUUUCUCUGUGACUGUGUGUUUUCUCCUUCAGGCGUUGAGUUUCCCAGGUUCUCUCUGUUGGCCUGGAGUGAUAGAGCCAAGAACCCCUCUCUGAUCAAUAAGAUGGUGGUGUGGGGCUCCAACGCAUAUGUCUCACCCCAAGACAAACAUCUACAGUGGUGAGGUCUUGUUAUUUGUGUGUGUGACUGGAUGAGGCAGCUCUGCAUGUGUGUGUGUUUGUGUGUUACAGCCUGUAUGUAUGUGUGUGUGUAUGUGUGUCCUCAGCGAUCCAUGAUGUGUCUCAGUGGAGUGAGAGGAUGAGGAGGCCCAUGGAGGAGGUAUAUGCGGCAGAGCUCUUCAUUAAGACCUGGGAAGGAUGGGUGGACGGGAAUGGACAGUUCGCCCAGAGACCAGAAGGUAAGAGCAACAACAUCGUUGCAUCAAAGAUUCCAAUUUUCCAGUUCCAAUUGUCAGUUCCUGUGUUAGGGAGUAUCUGUAUGGAUCUGUGAGAAAGACCCAAAGGUAGGAUUUUACAGUGAGGAGGCAAUAAUGCAGAACUGAUUAUUCUUGCCAAGAUUUAGGCUUUUAUUAGCAAACUGACUACAUUAUUUCUAUGUCAAUGUAUGAAAAGACAUACUGGCUGUACAUUAUUUCUAUGUCAAUGUUUAACUACAACCACUAAUGGUACAACCUCUACUACAACUUCUUCUGCUGUGUCCAGGUUGCACCUGAUGCCGGAAGGACAAUACAACCUGCACCUGAGGUUUGCUGUUGGAAGACUUCCUGAGCAAGUGAUGGACAUACUGUCUGCGUCCCAAAUGGUACUGUAUUCCUAUUGACUAUGGCCCAUAGGGUUCUGUUCAAAAGAAGUGCCGUAUGUAAUAAUAAUAAUUUGGUGUGUACUUAUAUUUUCUCUGUUUCACACAUGUACAAGUCUGCAUUAUACGCAUGUGUGAAAUGGAAAUGUGUUUUUUGCAUAUCCCAACUCCCCCUGAGACACCCUCAGAGAGUGUGGUCGCGGCCAGACAUUAUCAACAGCGACCCUGGAGCAAUUAGGGUUAAGUGCCUUGCUCAAGGGCACAUCGACAGAUUUUUCACCUUGUCGGCUCAGUGAUUCAAAAUAGCGACCUUUUGGUUACUGCCCCAACACUCUAGGCUACCUGUAGGGUUUAGGGUGCCAUUUCGGAUACACAAAUAAUGCGCCCACAUGAGACGAAAAGCUUUCAGGCCUGGGUCUGUGCUCUGUGUUCCAAGAGUCAUCAAGAGUGGACAACAUUGAAGGACCACUACAGCAAGCGACACUCAAUCCGAGUCUGUUCCAUUAAUUAACAGACUAUUAUCAGUUAAUUACUGGUAUAUGAGCCAAAAUCAAUACCCAUCCACAUGAGUAUUGCAAAUGUUAUGAAUAUAUUCAUUGUGUAAUUUAAAAGCUUUUGUGUAUUACAUUUUGCAUCAUUUGUAUCGUUGUGUAUGGCUUCUGUGUGUCCAGUCCUCUGUUUUGUGUGUGGCAUGUUAUGGAAAUGUUGCAUUUGCACUAACUGUUAUGCCAUAUAAAACAAAGCAAAAGAAAAGAGUAUAAAAAUGAGUCAUUCAAUAACAAUUUUAAUCAGACAUUGUUGUCAUUAUUAAGUACAGUGGGGGAAAAAAGUAUUUAGUCAGCCACCAAUUGUGCAAGAUGAGAGAGGCCUGUAAUUUUCAUCAUAGGUACAAGUCAACUAUGACAGACAAAUUGAGAAAUAAAAAUCCAGAAAAUCACAUUGUAGGAUUUUUUAUGAAUUUAUUUGCAAAUUAUGGUGGAAAAUAAGUAUUUGGUCACCUACAAACAAGCAAGAUUUCUGGCUCUCACAGACCUGUAACUUCUUCUUUAAGAGGCUCCUCUGUCCUCCACUCGUUACCUGUAUUAAUGGCACCUGUUUGAACUUGUUAUCAGUAUAAAAGACACCUGUCCACAACCUCAAACAGUCACACUCCAAACUCCACUAUGGCCAAGACCAAAGAGCUGUCAAAGGACACCAGAAACAAAAUUGUAGACCUGCACCAGGCUGGGAAGACUGAAUCUGCAAUAGGUAGGCAGCUUGGUUUGAAGAAAUCAACUGUGGGAGCAAUUAUUAGGAAAUGGAAGACAUACAAGACCACUGAUAAUCUCCCUCGAUCUGGGGCUCCACGCAAGAUCUCACCCCGUGGAUUCAAAAUGAUCACAAGAACGGUGAGCAAAAAUCCCAGAACCACACGGGGGGACCUAGUGAAUGACCUGCAGAGAGCUGGGACCAAAGUAACAAAGCCUACCAUCAGUAACACACUACGCCGCCAGGGACUCAAAUCCUGCAGUGCCAGACGUGUCCCCCUGCUUAAGCCAGUACAUGUCCAGGCCCGUCUGAAGUUUGCUAGAGUGCAUUUGGAUGAUCCAGAAGAGGAUUGGGAGAAUGUCAUAUGGUCAGAUGAAACCAAAAUAUAACUUUUUGGUAAAAACUCAACUCGUCGUGUUUGGAGGACAAAGAAUGCUGAGUUGCAUCCAAAGAACACCAUACCUACUGUGAAGCAUGGGGGUGGAAACAUCAUGCUUUGGGGCUGUUUUUCUGCAAAGGGACCAGGACGACUGAUCCAUGUAAAGGAAAGAAUGAAUGGGGCCAUGUAUCGUGAUAUUUUGAGUGAAAACCUCCUUCCAUCAGCAAGGGCAUUGAAGAUGAAACGUGGCUGGGUCUUUCAGCAUGACAAUGAUCCCAAACACACCGCCCGGGCAACGAAGGAGUGGCUUCGUAAGAAGCAUUUCAAGGUCCUGGAGUGGCCUAGCCAGUCUCCAGAUCUCAACCCCAUAGAAAAUCUUUGGAGGGAGUUGAAAGUCUGUGUUGCCCAGCGACAGCCCCAAAACAUCACUGCUCUAGAGGAGAUCUGCAUGGAGGAAUGGGCCAAAAUACCAGCAACAGUGUGUGAAAACCUUGUGAAGACUUACAGAAAAUGUUUGACCUGUGUCAUUGCCAACAAAGGGUAUAUAACAAAGUAUUGAGAAAUGUUUGUUAUUGACCAAAUGCUUAUUUUCCACUAUAAUUUGCAAAUAAAUUCAUUAAAAAUCCUACAAUGUGAUUUUCUGGAGAAAAAAAUGCUCAUUUUGUCUGUCAUAGUUGACGUGUACCUAUGAUGAAAAUUACAGGCCUCUCUCAUCUUUUUAAGUGGGAGAACUUGCACAAUUGGUGGCUGACUAAAUACUUUUUCCCCCCACUGUAAACAAUGAGUUUUCAUUUUUUUUAAAUGUAUGUUCUCCUACAGGCACAGCAGUGUUAGUUACAAUGAGCCUUUCCAUCUUUGGACGGACACAUUUUACAUCAGAACAAAAGCACUACUACAUGCUCUCCCUCUUGUGAAUAUUAUUGUUUAUUGAUCACAAACUUGAUCCCAAAUGUAGAAGAAGCCUCCGUAGACGAUAGUUCUCCUCCUUUGAACUGGAGAUCUCUUCCAGGUACUCUGCUAUCAUCUUUUCCACUAUCCUGAAUAUAUCAACUGCCGCUGAUUUUAAUCGCUCGGUGAUAAACACAUUCAAAAGCUCUAAUUUGGACAUUAAACCUAAGAUUAACCCUAAAGAUACUCGUCAACUUCUAACCAUGUUUAGCAUUUUCUGGUUUCCACUAGUUACCACAGCCACAAAGCCAAAAUGGGCUAUAGUUUGAAAAAAAAUUUAUGAAAACAAAAAUGUGCUUUUUGGUCUUAAUUUAAGGUUAGGGUUAGGUAUAAGGUUGGCAGUGUGGUUAAGGUUAGGGUUAGGCUUAAAAUCACAUUUUAAGAAGAUAAAUUGUAGAAAUAGGCAGGGUUUAUUACUUUGGCUGUGGUAACUAGUGACAAGCACAUUUUCCUGGCCGAACUUGCAAAGUUCAAACUUCCGGGUUCAAAAAGACGUUGACACUUUGACCCAAUGAAAAUCAAGCAAAGGCGGGAGGAAUACACUGCUAGCCAAUCAUGAAGUUCAAACUCGCAUAGUGAGAGGAUUUGUUUUGCCCGGGCGUGUUUUGCACCAGCUGAAUGUGGAUUUUAUUCUAUUUGUAACCCGGCUGCCUCCCAGACAUUAGCCAGGUGCCUGGUCAAAGCCCACGGCGAAGUCGGCUCAAAACAACAGCACGUGGAGUAAUGAUUAGGAUUCUGUGUUUUCACAUGCAAAAGUGAUUUUUUUAUAAAAAUGUGUUAGCCUAUCUGCAUUCCCAACCGUAAAUAGUCUCAGAGGCCCCUAUUUACACUGACCAGCCUGGGAGGGAUCUUUAUUAUAGACCAGCCUCUGAUACCCUAUUUACACGGACCAGCCUGGGAGGAAACAUUAUUAUAGACCAGCAUCUGAGGCUGCUAUUUACACUGACUAUCCUGGGAGAAACCUUUAUUACAGACCAGCCUCCAAGGCCUCUAUUUACACUGACCAGCCUGGCAGAAAGCUUUAUAGACCAGCCUCCAAGGCCCCCCAGCCUGGGAGGAAGCUUUAUUUUAGACCAGCCUCCGAAGCCACUAUUUACAUUGACCAGCCUGCAAGGAAGCUUUAUUAUCCCUAUUUACACUGACCAGCUUGGCACUGAAGCUUUAUUAUAGACCAGCCUCCGAGGCUGCUAUUUACACUAACCAGCCUGCAAGGAACCGUUAUUAUCCCUAUUUACACUGACCAUCCUGCAACAAAUCUUUAUUAUAGAUCAGCCUGGGAGAAACCUUUAUUAUAGACCAGUCUCUGAGGCCCCUAUUUACACUGACCAGCCUAGCAGGAAGCUUUAUAGACCAGUCUCUGAGGCCCUUAAUUACACUGACCAGCCUGGGAGGGAUCUUUAUUAUAGACCAGCAUCUGAGGCUGCUAUUUACACUGACCAUCUUGGGAGAAACCUUUAUUAUAUACCAGCCUCUGAGGCCCCUAUUUACAUUGACCAACCUGCAAGGAAGCUUUAUUAUCCCUGUUUACACUGACCAUCCUGCAAGGAACCUUUAUUAUAGACCAGCCUGGGAGGAACCUUUAUUAUAGACCAGGCUCUGAGGCCCCUAUUUACACUGACCAGCCUAGCAGGAAGCUUUAUCGACCAGUCUCAGAGGCCCCUAUUUACACUGACCAGCCUGGGAGGGAUCUUUAUUAUAGACCAGCCUCUGAGACCCUAUUUACACGGACCAGCCUGGGAGGAAACAUUAUUAUAGACCAGCAUCUGAGGCUGCUAUUUACACUGACUAUCCUGGGAGAAACCUUUAUUAUAGACCAGCCUCAAAGGCCCCUAUUUGCACUGACCAGCCUGGGAGGAAGCUUUAUUCCAAAUCCCCUUAUUCCACAUUUUGUUGUGUUACAGCCUGAAUAAAAAAUUGAUUAAAUAUAUGUUUUUUUCUCACCCAUCAGUAGUUUUAGUUGAUCCAGUAGUGAGCGGCAAGGGUUCUUUCAAGGGUUCUUCUUUAUUUUUUACUAUUUUCUACAUUGUAUAAUAAUAGUGAAGACAUCAAAACUAUGAAAUAACACAUAUGGAAUCAUGUAGUAAACAAAAAAGUGUUAAACAAAUCAAAAUAUAUUUUAUAUUUGAGAUUCUUCAAAUAGCCACCCUUUGCCUUGAUGACAGCUUUGCACACUCUUGGCAUUCUCUCAACCAGCUUCACCUGGAAUGCUUUUCCAACUGUCUUGAAGGAGUUCUCACAUAUGCUUAGCACUUGUUGGCUGCUUUUCCUUCACUCUGCCGUCCGACUCAUCCCAAACCAUCUCAAUUGGGUUGAGGUCGGGUGAUUGUGGAGGCCAGGUCAUCUGAUGCAGCACUCCAUCACUGUCCUUCUUGGUAAAAUUGCCCUUACACAGCCUGGAGGUGUGUUGGGUCAUUGUCCUGUUGAAAAACAAAUCAUAGUCCCACUAAGCCCAAACCAGAUGGGAUGGCGUAUCGCUGUAGAACGCUGUAGUAGCCAUGCUGGUUAAGUGUGCCUUGAAUUCUAAAUAAAUCACAGACAGUGUCACCAGCAAAGCCCCCCACACCAUAACACCUCCUCCUCCAUGCUUUACGGUGGGAACUACACAUGCAGACAUAAUCCGUUCACCCACACCGCGUCUCACAAAGACACGGCAGUUGGAACCAAAAAUCUCAAAUUUGGACUCCAGACCAAAGAACACAUUUCCACCGGUCUAAUGUCCAUUGUUCGUGUUUCUUGGCCCAAGCAGGUCUCUUCUUCUUAUUGGUGUCCUUUAGUAGUGGUUUCUUUGCAGCAAUUCGACCAUGAAGGCCUGAUUCACACAGUCCCCUCUGAACAGUUGAUGUUGAUAUGUGUCUGUGACAUGAACUCUGAAGCAUUUAUUUGGGUUGCAAUUUCUGAGGCUGGUAACUCUAAUGAACUUAUCCUCUGCAGCAGAGGUAACUCUAGGUCUUCCAUUCCUGUGGUGGUCUUCAUGAGAGCCAGUUUCAUCAUAGCGCUUGAUGGUUCCAUAUGUGUUAUUUCAUAGUUUAAGAAAAACCCUUGAAUGAGUAGGUGUGUCCAAACUUUUGACUGGUAGUGUAGGUGUAGGGUUGGUUGGUGGUGCAAUUAUUAUAUAUUUUUCUUCCUUUUUAUUUUUGUAUCACAAAUGUAACGUGAUUGAACACGUAACAUUUUUUGUGCGGCAUGCACACAAAAAAAAGGUGUGAACACCAUGAUACCGAAGAAGAAGAAGAAGGGCUGCUGUACGAUUUGCAGUAGUCUGCACUGUGCCUUGCACUUGAGAGGUUGGAUUAGCAACAUCUGCACCCCUGCAAUUGCAGCAAAGUAUCUAAAGGUGUAUUCAUGGUGGACAUUUUGCGAGCAUAGAGAUAGCCAGACUAGUAAAUUGGGCUAAGGAACAGAAGGUUGGUAUUGGAGAAAGGCCAUCAGUGAGUGUUCUGCAAGCAGUACAGUGGGAGCGUGGUGAACGGAUGGACGUAGUUUUGGAAUGUGAGGAACAAGGAGAAGAGCCGCAGUGAGAGGAUGUACAGCGGCUUGUGAAAGUAUUCACCCCCUUGGCAUUUUUCCUAUUUUGUGGCCUUACAACCUGGAAUUUAAAUGGGUUUUUUGGGGGUUUGUAUAAUUAGAUUUACACAACAUGCCUACCACUUUGAAGAUGCAAAAUAUUUUGAAACUAAAAAGAAAUAAGACAAAAAAACAAAACUUGAGCGUGUAUAACUAUUCACCCCCCCAAAGUCAAUACUUUGUAGAGCCACCUUUUGCAGCAAUUACAGCUGCAAGUCUCUUGGGGUAUGUCUCUAUAAGCUUGGCACAUCUAGUCACUGGGAUUUUUGCCCAUUUAUUUAAGGCAAAACUGCUCCAGCUCCUUCAAGUUGGAUGGGUUCCGCUGGUGUACAGUAAUCUUUAAAUUAUACCAUAGAUUCUCAAUUGGAUUGAGGUCUGGGCUUUGACUAGGUCAUUCCAAGACAUUUAAAUGUUUCCCCUUAAACCACUCGAGUGUUGCUUUAGCAGUAUGCUUAGGUUCAUUGUCCUGCUGGAAAGUGAACCUCCGUCCCAGUCUCAAAUCUCUGGAAGACUGAAACAGGUUUCCCUCAAGAAUUUCCAUAUAUUUAGCGCCAUCCAUCAUUCCUUCAAUUCUGACCAGUUUCCCAGUCCCUGCCAAUGAAAACAUCCCCACAGCAUGAUGCUGCCACCACCAUGCUUCACUGUGGGGAUGGUGUUCCCGGGGUGAUGAGAGGUGUUGGGUUUGCGCCAGACAUAGCGUUUUCCUUGAUGGCCAAAAACCUCAAUUUUAGUCUCAUCUGACCAGAGUACCUUCUUCCAUGUGUUUGGGGAGUCUCCCACAUGCCUUUUGGCGAACACCAAACGUGUUUGCUUUUUUUUUUUCUUUAAGCAAUGGCUUUUUUCUGGCCACUCUUCCGUAAAGCCCAGCUCUGUGGAGUGUACGGCUUAAAGUGGUCCUAUGGACAGAUACUCUAAUCUCCGCUGUGGAGCUUUGCAGCUCCUUCAGGGUUAUCUUUGGUCUCUUUGAUGCCUCUCUGAUUAAUGCCCUCCUUGCCUGGUCCGUGAGUUAUGGUGGGCUGCCCUCUAGGUUUGUUGUGGUGCCAUAUUCUUUCAAUUUUUUAAUAAUGGAUUUAAAGGUGCUCCAUGGGAUGUUCAACGUUUCUGAUAUUUUUUUAUAACCCAACCCUGAUCUGUACUUCUCCACAACUUUGUCCUUGACCUGUUUGGAGAGCUCCUUGGUCUGCAUGGUGCCGCUUGCUUGGUGGUGCCCCUUGCUUAGUGGUGUUGCAGACUUUCAGAACAGGUGUAUAUAUACUGAGAUCAUGUGACAGAUCAUGUGACACUUAGAUUGCACACAGAUGGACUUUAUUUAACUAAUUAUGUGACUUCUGAAGGUAAUUGGUUGCACCAGAUCUUAAUUAGGGGCUUCAUAGCAAAGAGGGUGAAUACAUAUGCACGCACCACUUUUCUGUUAUUGAUUUUUUUGAAACAAGUACAUUUUUUCAUUUCACUUCACCAAUUUGGACUAUUUUGUGUAUGUCCAUUACAUGAAAUCCAAAUAAAAAUCAAUUUAAAUUACAGGUUGUAAUGCAACAAAAUAAGAGAAAACGCCAAGGGGGAUGAAUACUUUUGCAAGGCACUGUAUGUGGAGGAAGAAUGGUUCCAAGUACAAACCAUAUUCUGCUGUCUGAUGGCUCAGCAAUUGAACCUGACGAGAGUGAGGAUGAAUUACCUGUCGUGGCAGGUGUGGGGUCAAGUCCGAGCCUCUCCCCGAUGGUCAUGCAAAGGAUGAUUCGGGCCCAGUGGGAGUGACAUUUUUGGAGAAAGUGGAUCCCUGCCUUUUGGCUGAUCCAUAUGUAGUCUCAGGCUGGGUAGAAAAUAAGUUGGGUACUGUUAAAUUGGUAAAGGUAGCUCGAAGUGGACUUGUGAUGAUUUUCUGUGUUUAUUCCAUCCAAAGGGAGCGGGUGCUUUGCGUCACGCACCUAGGGACAAUUUCUGUGACUUGCUUUACUCUCCGGAGCAGGGCGCCUUUGAAAGAAGUGAUUACUGGGGUGGUUUUAAGUGUUGAAGUGGAGCAACUGAAAUGGAAGAUUCCCUGUGUCUGUGAUGCUCGCCACUUGGUGUACCGCAGACCCGGUGGCGAGUGUGGUGAAACUGAGAAGACACUGUCUGUUCUUUUGAGUUUUGAAGCAUAGUCUUUACCUGAUAAAGUAAUGUUAAGGUAUGUCAGUUAUCCCGUGAGAGCUUGUGUGCCGAACCCUCUAAGGUGCCAAGCUUAUGGUCAUGUUGCAUCAGUGUGUAGGAGGGAGAUUCCGAGAUGUGAGAAGUGUGCAGGAGGGCAUGGGACAAAGGAAUGUGUAGUAUCAUUGGGGAAAAAAACGUUGUGUCAAUUGUGUGGAUGCCCAUGUUGCUGGGGAUCAGAAGUGCCUGGUGCAAGGGAGACAGGUUGAGGUUGCCAGGGUCAGAGUAGAACUGAAGGUGUUGUAUGCUGAGGCAGUCACCCUGGUGUGAUCAGUUAGGGUUAAAGUAGUGGAAUGGGGUGGUGAUUUAAAUGUUAAUGAAAUAGUGGUAUAUAGGUGUUAGUUGGUGGUGUAACUUUUUCCUUUUGCCCCUUCCUUUUUAUUUUUGUACACAAAAUGUAACGUGAUCGAUCACACACUACCGCACAGUAGGUGGCGGCAUGCACAAACAAAGUGGGGACAGGGAGGUCUUCAGGCCGAGAGAGAAGGGAGGAAAGUGUAGUCACAAGGCUGAGACUGGGACACACAAGAAUAAAUAGUACAUUGAAAGUGGUGGGGAAACAUCCGACUGGGAGGUGUGAUCAUUGUCAGGAGGAGAUGGAGACAGUGGAACAUGUUCUAUUUCAGUGCCAGAAAUAUGUGUGAGAAAAGGAGUGAUUGUUAUUAGAUUUGAGGAGUAAUUGGGUUGAAGAGCCAGGAAUAAGUGAACUGCUGGAGAAAUCUUCAGGGGUUGUAGUAUUUAAUUAUGGAUUUCGUUUCGUUAGGGAGACGAGAUUAUUGGGUAGGAUUUAGACCGUCACUGUCUCUGGUCCACACUCCAGUCCAGUUGGUGGCGGUAACGCACCUGAAAGUUGGUUGCCAACCGCCAUAUAACAUCCACAGAAGAAGAAGAAGAAGAAGAAGAAAAACGCACAAACAAAAUAUGCGAACGCUAUGAUACCAAAAAAGAAGAAGGGAGUUCUUGUUUAUGGACGCACAUGAUUUGGUUGAAAUGUUUGAAUAAUGGUCUGGUUUAGUCGUACUUUUCUUCAUACAAACAUCUAUUCAACAUGAACAUAGCAGAAAGUGGAGCAGUAGGCGAUGCCAUUACAGUGCACGAUUUCUCCGAGAAGAUUCUGGAGCAAACGGUUCACUUUCACGUCAUGAAACUCAAUGGGGGAUUUUUCCUUUGGGUGGGCUCGAAACCUGUUUUGUCCAACUUGGCUGUUUCAAUGGACAGUAAAUUUGUGAGUAGCCUCCUGAAAAUAUAUUGUUUCAAAGCAGACUAGCUAAUAGAGAUGGGUUGUUAGCUAGCUUCACCGUGUAAUGUUGUUAGCUAACUACUGUAACGUUAUUCUCGGCUCAUGGCGCUAUGUCCUAUUUGUAAUAUAGCUAAACUAUCUGUGUGUUUUAUAUAUAUAUUCAGGAUUCGAUGCCGCUGUCUACGUUAGUCCUGGGGGACUCAUCGGACACCACUCCAAAUUCAUUGGCGCAGAGAUUGAGUAAGCACCCUUUCAUCCUGUCAAUAUCCUAUCUUUCUCAUGAGGAUUGGCUGUAUCAGAGAGGAAGAGGCGAGGCAAGAGGUUUUACUCUGCUCCAAAUCAGUCCACGAAAAUAAGACCACUAAGUGAGGAAUUUUUGUAUGGAGGACAAUGUGUGUCGAAUGUGUGUCGAAAAAUGUAAUAGCUAAUUUGCUACGUGAGGCUUAUUUGAUCAAAUAAAAGUUUCGUAAUGGUUAGGUUGACAUGAAUGUACUGAUUUAAAUGGACCCACGUGGAAUUUUGCCAACUGACUCCAAAACAAUUUUAUAUCAGCAUUGUGCCUGUUGUCAUAUAAAUAGAUAGCUGUCACAGACGCUAUAAUGGCACAGAUACAAAGAUGAGUCCUCUUAUCUAUCGCUAUGAGAGAGGGAGAGAGAUUUUCUGAAUUUUAACGCUAAACUUAAAGGGAUACUAGGAAAUUAUUUUUUUGUGCAAGGGUGCCAAUAUAUUUGGCCGCAUCAGUAUGUACAGGAUUUCAUGUCUGUAGCUCAAACGGGACAGAAGAUAUGGUUGUUCAAAGUUUUCAGUUGAUACUAUAGCGCCCCCCUUGGCCCAAUUAGUGUAACUUUGUAAAUGCCGGAUCUCUGGCAAGACUCAUCAUUCACCCACGUUUUGUCAAAAUCAGGCCAGUGGUGUCUGAGAUCACGUGUGACUUACAUAUGUACUAACGUGUACAUAUGAAUGGAGGGAGACAGAUCGAUAGUCCCCCUCGAUUUCAUUGUGGGGUACAACAAACCAUCUAUUCAUCCACACUCACACAUAAAUGCACACAGUCUGUGUAUGUCAUGAAUUUCUAGAUUUUGGUAAUUGCUGAGUUAGUUUGUUCAAACUCAUCCAAGUAAAGAAGGGGAAGCUAGAUAUUUGAUCCCUGAUGCCUCUAUUGUUACACAACACGAGGCUACUAACAUCAAAAUGACGUGAUGCCAAUUUUAGGCUGCCACAACUGUUUUUACAGUCAAAUCUGUCUAACCAUCAUUUAUACAGUGAUUUAGUUGAUGGCUAUAUGUUAUUCAGAACAAUGACCGAAAGCUAGACGCUUAAACCACUAACCAGUAUUAUGCUUUAUUGUUGGUGUCAGUUUUUCACAAUCUGAAACAUCACUAACCCAGCUGUCCUCCGUCUCCUUUGUGUUCCAGCUAAAAGGACUAAGAAACAGGUGUAUGUGAGCUACAGCCUGCCCAUGACUGACUCCAACCUGUCUCUGCUGGUAGAGAAGAGGAUAAAGAAAGAGAUGGAAGUUCACCCUGACAAGUUUUAACCUUUUACUAGUUUAAUUUGUUUUGUACCGAAAUAAUACAAGGGAAAGAAAAACAAAAUUACCUGUCUGGACUGUUCUGUAGAUUGCUGUUUUAGCACUCAUGAGUGAGAUCUAACCAGAGACGGUCUCUGUGUAGAAGCAGCAGACACACACACACACUAUAUUUUCUGUGCCCACUGCCCGCAAACUCCGUCUACAGACAUGUAUCACCUCCAAUAGUUCAUUUAUUUACAUAA